AUGGACCCCGCGGAGAGGGACGGCGGUGCUGACUGCGGGACCGUCUUGGAGCCGGAGGUGGAGCCGAGCAUGUCGCUGGAGACUGCUGUGGAGGAUCUUGAACCGCUGAGCGUGGUCGACCCGGCAGCCGUUGAGCCUGACGUCAAACAUGAGGAUGCAGACGAAAACCAGGACGAGUUGCUGAGUGCCCAUGAACAGGACACGCUCAGGCAAGACUCGGACACAGUACAAUGGCCUCACAUAUCAGACCCACAAGACGAGCCAUCACUACCCAUGCCCCAAGAAGAGCCCGCAGACGAGCAACAUGAUCCCCAGCAGCGCAGCAAGGGCAAGGAGCCUCAGCGGCUCAACUACACUCCGGAAUUGAGCGAGUCAGACGCCGGGUCCUCCCAAACAGCUCCGGCCCCGCCUCCGGCCCCGGACGCCUCGACGGCGGGCCUGAUGCACGGCCAGCCGAUACCGUGGGAACUCGACCCCGAACGGCCCGCGCAGAAGUUGCCUCUGCGGUUCAAAGACGCCCUGGGACGCACCAUGCUCAUCCCAUGGCGGAGGGCAAAGACGUGGGAGUUCAUGGGCCUUGAGGGUGAGGGGAUGGAGACGAUGCUGGGGAAUUCAGUAGCCAACGGCCGAUACAGCCUCCACGUCUCGCUGCCAUUAUCACUAGAACCACCGAAACGCAAAAGCCCCGGCAAAAACGGUGGUAACAACAACGGCAAUAAUAACCGUGGCAGUAACAAUCAUGACGGCGGUGGGAGCAGCAGCAACAGUAACAGCAACAAUAACAACAAUAAUAAUAACAGCAACAACAGCGGCAACGGCAACGGCAAUAACGACAACAGCAGCAGCAGCUCUCCCCAGACUGAUAUCCCGUUUGCGUCACCUAUGCGACCCAUGGUUUUGCUACCAGAGUUCUGGGACGACUUCAUCCAACCCGGCUCGUAUGUCAGCAUGACCAUGUGGCCCCGUCUGCCACGGGCGUCCUACGAUAUAGGCCCUCCGGCCGGUGUCCCUGGGAUGCAACCUCACCAUGGGAUCGGCGGGUUGAACCCGGGCCUCAUGCCCCCUAUGGCGCCGCCGCCGCCACAACCACACUUCAUCAGGAUAGUUGGCGUGCCGGGGAAGUCGAGGCCAAAGACGAGAGCGAGUUCGGGGAGGCCGAAGAAAAGACCGUAA